CAGGUAGCCUGGCCAGAGGGAGGUGGUGCUAUUGCGCACACGGGCGCUCAACCUGCGCAAACUACAGCAUAACUGCAUGCAUAUUCUCCGAUCAGUUGUUAUGGAUAAAUGUGGAGGGAGAGGUGAGGCCCUGCUGAUCAUUUCGACUCCAACACGUCUGCAGUCACAUCAAUGAUGCUCUCCUGGAGGCUCUGAAGUCUGUGCGCGCUGCAGCGGAUCAGUUUUGGAGUCGCCAGCAGUGCGCCUCAGCUGGACACAGGACACACGAUCUGGAGGACUGGCUUCAUCGUUUUAUUGAAGUUUGAUGCCUGUUUUGUUGGUAUUUUUAUCCAUGGGAUUUCUUCUUGUGAAGUGCAUUUGGAGCUGCUUGUAUUGAGUGUUUUUAUUACAUGGAAAGCGUGCGUAUCGUGCAGAUAUGUUUUCGCUCCGUGGAAGUUAGCCCUGCAACAGCUCUCCUAAACUAUUCUCUUUGCAUCUUAUUUAUAAUACUUUAACUAAAAACUGCAGGAGGUUUUAAAAACGUCAGUGAAAAAAUGGCCAGUGAGCGGAAACCACGGCUUUGUGUCAUGGCAAAAUCGGAGGACGGGUAUGGAUUUCACUUGCAUGGCGAGAAAGGGAAGAGCGGACAGUACAUCCGCAAAGUGGAGGCUGGGUCCCCCGCAGAAGCGACCGGUCUGCGCGCGGGGGACCGGGUGGUGUCGGUGAAUGGGGUGAACGUGGAGAAAGAGACACAUCACCAGGUGGUACAGCGGAUCAAAGCGGUGGAAAGUGAGACCAGGUUGCUGGUGGUGGACCAAGAGACACAUGAAAGUCUGCGCAGCCUCCGCCUCACACCCACAGAAGAGAUGGCCAUCGUCAGGGUUUCACCUCCGUCCUCCUCCUCUCCCCCAGCCUCCCCCUCACCACCCCCAUCCUCGGUCCCAUCCUCCCCAAGCAAGAAGCGGGAGAACGGCUCGGUGUCCAAGCAGCCGGUCACUCCGAGCAGCCAGGUGCAGAAGCCCACCAGGAGGUCGCCUUCCAAGGCUGCGAAGAAGGAGGCUGUUGCCCAGGUUGAAGCCGAGGUCCAGUUGCGGCCCCCGGUCGACCCGUCCGAGCUCGUUCCACGCCUCUGCCACCUGAUCCGGUCUGACGCCGGCUACGGCUUUAACCUCCACAGUGAUCGAUCCAGGCCCGGACAAUACAUCCGCUCCCUGGACCCCGGAUCAGCUGCAGACCACGCCGGGCUCCGGGCCCAGGACAGGCUGAUUGAGGUAAAUGGUGUGAACAUCGAAGGCAUGCGGCAUGCAGAGGUGGUGGCCUUCGUUAAGAAAGGGGGAGACGAGACCUGGCUGCUGGUGGUGGACCAAGAGACAGACGAACACUUCAAGAGGAGUGGGGUCGUCCCUACAAUCAGCCAUCUCAGAGACUAUGACGGUCCCUCCAUAUCCAACGGCUCCCCGAACCCUCAGAUCAACGGCAGCUCCACCACGCAGUCCUUCAGGUCCACACGCUCCGACCUCAGCAGCCAGGGCAACAGCACACAGCUGGCAGAAGAUGAAGGCAGCCAGCUGAUGGACCCUUUCGCUGAGAUGGGUCUGAGUCUGAGCGCUACGGCAGCAGAGGAAAAGAUGAAGGUCCAUAACAAAGAAAAGAGAAAGGCUCCACAAAUGGACUGGAUGAAGAAAUAUGAGCUGUUCAGCAACUUCUGAGACUUUCCCUUCCAAUGACAGAUGUUUGAGCGCUCUGCGAAGGAUAUCACGAUAUAAGAAGACAAAAGGAAAAAAGUUGUACUAUGGAUUUGACUUUUUAAGCCACUUCAGAGACUCUUUAACAGCUUAUUUUCUCCUUUUUAAAGCACAACAUGAAGGAAGUGCUAACUGACUGAAGGAACUAUGAAGGAAAAGCAUAUUUUAAAGUCAAGUUUUUACAAAUGUAUGUACAUCCCCAUCACUUUAAUCCUCCUUUAUCCACACUUCUAGAGACUUGUUUCAAACAAAUGAGGGAGAGAAAAGUAUAAACAAACUAUAAAAAGAAAAUAUUAUCCCAUCUUCAUGCAUUUUAAAAGAGCUUUAUGGACACUGUGACAACAAUGAUUGUGGACAAUGUGGGAGUUUUGGCCCAUCAGUCAGAGGAAGCCCAAGAUGGGCAGAAGAUCACUGUGAAAGAGUUCAGAGCCUCCACCUUCAGCCCACGCAGAUCUAUUUUAUUAUCACGCAUAAAGAAAAGGAUGGCUGUGUGUUCUGGUUGCAGCAUUUCCUACAUGUAUUUUUACAGAGUGUAUUAACUGGUCAUCAGAUCAGCCCUGCUUUUGUUCAAAAAGGUAAUCCAUUAUCCAUUAUAUCCAUUAUCCUAAAUAACACAUUAUUCCGUGUUAUUUAGCACUCACUUUUAAUAAUGUAUUACCACUAAACUCUUUUCCAAAAUGCUCCGGUGCACAACAAAGGGAAGCACCACUAACAUCAAAUGUAUUGAUACAUUUAACCAUGGAAGCUGGAAAGUAGGCGAGGAAGGUUUUGUCUGGGCAAAAAGUACAAAUAGAGUUUAUCAUUGGAGGAGGCCUGAUGUGUACAGCAGGGGGCAAUCUUGCUCCACAAAUAAGAGGUCCGGUUUGGCCCGGGAAAUAAAACAGAGAAGAUGGUUAAGCAGGCUGGUUUUAUUGUGACACUAGAGGACUAUUACUUAGUUAAGAAGAGUAACGUAUUUUGGUGUCCACUAGUUGUCAUGGCCAGGGAACAGUCCGGCACAAAUUGCAAGUGGAUGUUUUUACACUCGUACCUAUUAAACAAAUGUGAUUUUUUUACAUAUUAAAAACAUUGAUUAAGAUGUGGCAAGCAAGCUGUUUCCCCCAUUUUUCUAUUUUAUGCUAACCUAAGCUAACCUGCCGUUUGCAGUAGCUUCACAUUUAGCACAGGUGACACUUUCCAACCAAAAGUGAAAAGGGGUUUUCCCAAAAAUGCUGUACUAUUCCAUUAAUUAGAUGAUGGUCAGGGCCGGGAAUGAGCUCAGAAGUGCAACUAUAGCCGUGAAAGAUAGUUAUAGGAUGUGAUGGGGUCCAACGUGAGCAGAGUGUGAGCAGGUUGUGGGGCAGAGAGGUGUAGCUAAGGCUGCACAGUGAGGUCAGAGAUGCUCCGGGGGAUCUAGUGAAAGAGAAUGCAGGAGCCAUUGAGCUUACUGAGGAUUAUUAUACACACAGGGUCACAGCUGUCAUGCUGGAGCACAAUGUGUACGAGUGUAGAGAAGGUAUACAUGCCGCAAUCCAAGCUAUGUUGAUACAAUGCAUUGCAACAAGUGAAAGUGCAAAUUGGAGAACUUGUCUUUUUGUACCUGUUCAUACCUUUACAGUGUCCUAAUUCAUCUUUGUACAUCAUUCUGUGUGUGCAUUAGCGUUUCACUAUGUAUGUUCUGACAGUCACAGUAAAGAAAACUCUAUGAUACCAUGGCUCAUGUAUAUAUACAGUAAAAGCACACGGCAGGUGGCAUUUUUUUCAAUAAAGUGUGACAAUGGUGUUUUUGAAUAUAUUAAACUGUUGUCAUUAUCUCUCA